AUGGGAGUGAAAUCGAAUGUAGUUAACAUCUUAUUUUUCUCGAUUCUUAUCGAUUUUUUGGAAUUUACUAUUAUUUUACCAUUAUUACCGAAAAUUUUAACUUAUUAUGGUAGUGAAACAAAUUCUCAACAAGAUACAUUGUACGAACGAACGAUUUCAUUUGUUCAAUUUGUCCGUGAUCUGACUGGUGCACCAAAUGAUGCGAAAUGGAAUUCGGUUUUAUUCGGCGGUCUCGUUGGUUCACUAUUCUCUCUCCUUCAAUUCUUCUCUUCAACAUUAUGUGGCAUCGCAUCGGAUCGCUAUGGCCGAAAACCUGUUCUUCUUCUUUCCAUGAUCGGCAUCUCAUUUUCCUAUGGUCUGUGGUGUGUCUCAUACAAUUUAACUAUUUUUAUGUUUGCACGUCUUGUGAGCGGAUUAUCAAAAGCGAAUGUUGCCAUUACGCUAGCAAUUGUAUCAGAUACAACAAAUGAAAAAGAACGAAAUCAUGCGAUGGCUUGGAUUGGUGUAGCAUUUUCUCUUGGUUUUAUCUUUGGACCUUUGUUUGGUGCGCUUUGCAGCCAAUUUGGCAUUACUUAUUGGUCAACAUCAUCAGUUAGCUUUUUUAUCUUUCCCGCAUGUGUCUCACUGAUUUUAUCAUUGAUCAAUAUCGGAUUUAUCUAUCGAUAUUGUCCAGAAACAUUACCUAUUGCAAAACGAAAUGAAACAAAAACGACGAUCAAAGAUGUUUAUAAUGCCAUAAUACCAUGGCGUUUGUUUCAAUUUUGUGCUAUCCGAAAAGCCAAAUUCAAUCAUGAUAUUGUGAUCUUACGUCAACUUGGUUUGGCGAGUUUUUUUUACAUGAUCAUAUUCGCUGGUUUAGAGUUUACCAUUACUUUCCUCGUUUAUAAUCGCUUCAACUGGGACAGUAUGCAACAAGGAAAGAUGUUCUUUCUUAUGGGUUUAUGUAUGGCUUUGGUACAAGGUGGUUACGUACGACGAAUUCCACACGGGAAAGAAAUCACAGCAGCAAUGACUGUAAGUAGCCGAAAUCAGACGCGUUUAGUGCCGAUAAAAGGUCUUACCUAG